CAGCCGGCAGUGAGGGGCUGUCUGCCUGUGGGGGAGGGUGAAUAAGCUCCUGAGUGCCUGAAGAGAGUGCCUAGACUAAAAACAGAAAGUCUUAAGUGAAUGAAUAAGUAAAGAGUGCAACAAACAUGACCCUCAUAAAAGUUUAAAGUUGUGAAAGAAGGACUCUUAAGAUACACAAAAGAAAGUCGAGUGUAAGGAACUGGAAGACAACAGAGUGAAGCUAAGAAGAAGAGGGAACAAAGUUUUGCUCCUUGAAAGCCAAUUAACGCCUGCAGGUCACGCACAGAUCAAUUAACUGAAUAACCACGAUGGAGGAGGACACAGAGUACCUGAAGCUGCCCCUCGAGGACCGCUGCGUGCACAAGCUAUGGAAGGCUCGGUUGAAUGGCUACGAGGAGUGCACCAAACACUUUGCCAAGAUCACGGACGAACGGUCUCCAGAGUUCAACAAGUUUGCGCCCCUCAUGAAAAAGUUUGUGACGGACAGCAAUGCCGUCGCCCAGGAAAAGGCUCUGGAGGCUGUCCUGGCCUUUGUGGAGAACGCCCAUGUUGCCGGCAGGACGGCUGGGGAUUGCACAAGUGGCAUUGUACAGAAGUGCCUGGCAGCCCCCAAGCGUGGCACCCAGGAGAAGGCCAUUGAGGUGAUACUCAUGUACUGCGAGAUUGAGAAGUACGAGGUGGUGCAGGAGGAGCUGAUGAAAGGGUUUACGCAGAAGAACCCCAAGGUGGUGGCCGCCUCUGUCCGGGCCGUCACCACUGCUCUCAGGGAGUUUGGGCCUAAAGUGAUCAGCCCCAAACCCUUGAUGAAGCAGAUGCACACCAUCCUGGAGGACCGAGACAAGAACGUGCGCGAGGAAGGCAAGAAGCUGAUGGUGGAGCUGUACAGGUGGAUCGGCCAGGCACUCAAGCCACAGAUGUCCUCCCUCAAGCCUGUACAGGUCCAGGAACUUGAGGCAGAGUUUGACAAGCUAGGUGGGGAGAAGGCUGUGCAAACUCGCUUCCUCCGCUCACAACAGGAACUGAAGGCCAAGAUGGAGGCGCAGGGAGAUGAGGAGGAGGGAGAUGACGGUGAUGAAGUUGAGGAAGCAAUGCCAGAGAUUGACCCCUUGGACUUGUUCGAGCCUGUCAACAUCUUGGACAAGCUCCCAAAAGACUUCUAUGAAAAGGUGGAGGCCAAGAAGUGGCAGGAGAGGAAGGAGGCCAUGGAGGUGCUGCUGCCCCUCACCCAGAACCCCAAGCUGGAGACCGGCGACUACAACGACCUCAUGAAAGCCCUCAAAAAGAUCAUCGGCAAGGACACCAACGUGAUGAUCGUGGCUUUGGCAGGGCAGUGUGUGGCGGGGCUGGCCAAGGGGCUCAAGAAGAAGUUCUCUCCCUUUGCUCUCGCCUUCACAGAAACUAUCCUGGACAAGUUUAAAGAGAAGAAGCCCAACGUGGUCACCUCCAUGCGAGACGCCAUCGACGCUGUGUUUUUGACGACCUCCCUCGAGUCCAUCCAGGAGACCGUGAGUGGGGCGCUGGCUAACAAGAACCCCUCCGUGAAGGCAGAGACAGCCAGCUUCAUGGCCAGGGCACUCUGCUACUGCACCCCGGCCAUCCUCAACAAGAAACUGCUCAAGGUCAUCGUGACGGACCUCCUCAAGGGUGUCAGUGAGCCAGACCCAACAGUGCGAGACCAUUGCUGCGAGGCGCUGGGAGUGGCCCUGAAGGUGGUGGGGGAGAAGCAGAUGAUGGUGUUCAUAGCAGAUGUGGACAACCUCAAGCUGCAGAAGAUCAAAGAGGCUGCUGAGAAGGCCGAGCUCAAGGUGAAGGUGUCGGCCCCCAAGGCCAAGAAGGCAGCUCCAGCGGCCAAGAGGGAGGCCCCCAAGGCAGCGCGGGAGCCCUCAGUGAGCGACGGCCCUGCCAAGGUGGUGCGGGGUGGCGGUGGCAGGGCGGCUGGGGACGGCAGAGGAAAGAAAGUUCCAGGCCGAGGCACCAAAGGAGGGGGGGGAGGUGGAGGAGGAGGAGGAGGAGGGGGGGGGCCAGCAUUGGAUGAGUGUAAGGAGUAUGAAAUCUCCAUGGAUGAUGCUCUGGAGAAAGCUGCUGAAGUCCUCCCUGAAGAUGUCCUGAAUGGCCUGACGGAUGCCAACUGGAAAGUCAGAAUCUCCUCCAUGGAUACCUUCAUCAGUACCAUUAAGACCCUUGACCGGGCAGACAUUCCAACCCAGGCACUGGUCCGGUGUCUUGCCCAGAAACCCGGCUUCAAGGACAACAACUUCCAGGUCUUGAAGCUCAGACUCGAGGCAUUAAAACUACUGGCUGAAAACUCUGACUUCACGAGGCGGUCUGGAGAGGUGUGUAUUCAGGAGUUGGUGGAGAAGCUUGCCGACCCCAAGAAUGGCCCGUUGUGUGGGGAGGUGCUGACAGCCAUGGCCGAGGCUGCCAAACUGCAGUGGGUGGGGCCGGAGGUGAUGUCCCGGGCCAGCGAGCAGAAGAGUCCCAAGGUGCAGGAGAUGGCGCUCAAGUGGCUGUCUGAUGCCAUCUCUGAGUUUGGCUUUGUGCUACAACCCAAAGCACUCCUUGGAGACAUCAAGAAGGCACUGUCCAACACCAACCCCGGUGUGAGGACGGCUGGCAUUGCCCUGUGUGGAACCAUGUACCUCUACAUGGGUGCCGCACUCAGGGUCUUCUUUGAGGACGAGAGGGCUGCAUUAUUGCAGCAGAUAGACACGGAGUUUGAAAGGCUGAAUGGCGCCAGUCCCCCUGCCCCCUUCCGUGGCCUGAGCCAGGAAGGGAGCAUGGAGAACGAUGGGGAUGAGGACGAUGACAGCAAUGGCAGGCAGGCAGUCCCCAUCAAUGUGCAGGACUUGGUGACCCGAUCCAACAUCAGCGAGCAGCUCACCUCCAAUCUCUUCAGCGAACUGGCUGAUAAGAACUGGAAGGUUAGAAACGAAGCACUGCAGAAGGUGUCCAACAUCCUCUCGGAGGCCAAGUUCAUUAAAGGAGACAUCGGAGAGCUUCCAACGGCCCUCAAUGCCCGCAUGAAUGACACCAACAAGAACUUGGCGCUGGAGGCGAUCCGACUCACUGCCUCCCUUGCCACUGCCCUUGGCCCCCACUGCAAGCCCCACACCAGAAACAUUGUGCCCGGGAUGCUGACAGCUCUAGGCGACAGCAAGCAAAACAUCCGCCAGCAAGCCAUGAGCACCCUGAACUCGUGGGUGGAGCAGGCGGGGAUCAAGGAGGCCAUUGACGGGGAGGUGUUUGCCGACGCUCUGAAGUCAGGCUCACCCUUCCUCAAGGCCGAGCUGUUCCCGUGGAUGGCAGAGAAGCUAAAGGAUGCACCAGCAAAGAGCAUCAACAAGGAGGAAAUCCACGCCUGCACACAGUACCUCUUCAUGGCUCUGGAGGACCGCAACGCUGACGUGAGGAAGGGCGCCAACGAGGCCGUGCUGCCCUUCAUGAUCCACAUCGGCUACGAGGGAAUGAUGAAGCACAUCAGCAAAGUCAAGCCCUCCUCCAAGAACACAGUGAUGCAGGCCAUGGAGAAAGCCAAGGUCAACCUCCCCGCCAAGCCCCAGCCCAAGCCCCGAAGUCCUGCUGCAAGUGCUGGUGGUGCUGGACGGGUGGGGCGCCCAUUGACAACAGGGGGCCAGCAGGGAGGAGCCGCAGGAGGAGGAGCAGGGCGAGGGGGUGCAGCGGCUGCCAAGAAGGGCCUGAGAGCACCGUCAGCCUCCCGAGCAGGAGCCGCAGGAGGACGUAAGGAGACUGAGGACGUGGACACCUCCCCAAUGCUACCUGUGAACAAUUUGAAGCAGCAGCGUGCCCUCGAUGAGCAGCGCCUCAGGAUCCUGCGCUGGGACUUCACCACACCACGCGCAGAGUUCAUCACGCAGCUCAAGGACCAGAUGACCAACGCCAACCUCAACAGGCAGCUUGUCUCCAACAUGUUCCACCAAGACUUCAAGUUCCACAUCAAGGCUAUCGACGCUCUGAAUGAGGACUUGAGCUGCAACCUUGAAGCGUGCAUCGCCAACCUGGACCUGAUCCUGAAGUGGCUGACCAUCCGCUUCUUCGACACCAACCCCUCGGUGAUCAUAAGGGCCAUGGACUACCUGCAGCAGGUGUUCCAGUGCCUCACCGACGAGGGUUACCACCUGAUGGACCUUGAAGCCUACUCCUUCAUGCCCUUCCUCGUCACUAAGUUUGGUGACCCGAAGGACUCCAUAAGAGGGCCGGCCAGAAACAUUGCCCGCCUCAUCUGCAACAUUUAUCCAGCCAGCAAAGUCUCGCCCUACAUGAUGGAGGGACUGAAGGCCAAGAAUGCCAGACAGAGGGCAGAGUGCCUUGAGGCCAUAGGCAACCUGAUCGAGGUGUACGGGACCAUGGUGUGCCAGCCGUCACCACCAGUAGCCCUCAAGGAGGUGGCAAAGCAGAUUGCUGACCGGGACAACUCCGUCAGGAAUGCUGCCCUCAACUGCCUGGUGCAGGUGUACUUCCAGGAGGGAGAAAAGGUGUACAAGUUCAUCGGAAAUUUGUCAGACAAAGACAUGAGCCUGCUGGAAGAGCGCAUCAAGAGGGCAGCCAAGAACAGGCCUGUCAUAAAGAAGCCGCCGCCUGAGCCUGAAGUGCCCACUGUCCGGGGAGGCAGCGGUGCAGCAGCCAGCAGACCCAACCGUGUGACUCCCAGGGCGGCCCAGCCAGCGCCACAGAUCCUGAGAGAGAGGGGACCCGCUAAGGCAGCGGAACAACAACCCAGCGCCCUUAAGAGGUUUGGCCUCAAGACCCAGUUACCAAGCAACACCAAUGUGCCCUUCAAGAUCGACUAUGGCCCCAUUGAGAAGCUCCUGAGCAGCGACAGCGAGCCAGAGCCGGCCCCGUACAGUCUGGAAGAGAUCCCCGACCUGGCCUCCAUCCUAAACUACAAGCCUGUCCUGCCCACCCCGGCCUCCAGGUGUUUGCCAAGAACAAACCUCUUUGCACAGUCAUUCACAAGACUCACCCGCCCUGGGUUCACCUCAGCGUGGUCAGCAACCUCAGCCUCCAACCUCCUGGAGAGUGAGGGAGCAGCGCAGGCCAUCAACAUGGUCAUAUCUCAGGUAGGGACCACAGAUGCCAACACGGUCAUCACGGCGCUCUCCCAGCUGGAUGAGGUGCUGCAGUCUGAGGAGCGGUGUGGCCAGCUGGCGCCCCACGUGGACCAGCUGCUUAUCAUUGCCACCGUGCAAUACCGUCUUGUCCUCAACACUAAGAUGGCCAACCUCAAUGUCAACAAAGAGGAGUGCAUCAAGAUCUACCGCUCCCUCACCAACUGCCUCAUGAUGGUGUUCAACAACAAGGUCCUGGGCACCAAGGCCACCCGGGAUGUGCUGCGGGAUGUAGUGCAUGUCCUCAUCCACAUCAUCCUGGACCACCGGCUCUCCCAGCUGGAGGACGGACCACAGAUCAUCCGGGCCAUCAACGUGCUGGCAGUGCGCAUCGUGGAGAAGGCACACUUUACCCAUGUCUUCAGUGCCCUCCUCAAGUUGCUGCAUGAGAGUGUGAGCAGCGGCGGCGGUUGCAAGUUUACUGAGCUGGUCAUGAAGUGCAACUGGAAGGCCAUCCGCAUCCUGCCCUCCCGCACCAACGACCUCGACCUGGACCAAAUACUCCUCGACGUCCACAACUUCCUAGUGGCCUACCCGGUCAGUACGUGGAGUGAACGGCCUUCAGACACACCCUUGCGCACAAUCAAAACAGUCAUCUACGCCCUGGGCAAGGCCUACGGGCACUCCAUCUUCCAACACUUCUCCAAGAUCGACAACGCACAGGGCUCGGAGCUACACAAGUACAUUAACAAGUCCCUCAAGAAGCCCCGGGCUGAGGACGACCGCGGCGUUGGGGACAGCAACCGCCUGGCCGCUGCACAGUUGUCCAAUGAGUCCGCCGAUAGUCUCAAAUCUCCCAAAAGACUCAGUAAAUCUGAACACAAUAUUUUGUCUGAAAUAUUCAGAAAAAUUGGUUCCAAGGAAAAUACCAAAGAGGGUCUGAUUCAGCUUUAUGACUUCAAGCAGAAACACCCAGAUGCAGACAUUGAACCAUUCUUAAGAAAGUCUUCCCAGUUCUUCCAGAAUUACAUUGAGCGAGGAUUGAAGAAAGUGGAGGCUGAGCGACAGUUGGAGGGAAAGACUUCUUCCAAUCCAGCCUCAGAAAAUGGGUCAAACUCAGGGCCUUUGGCUUCCAUUCAAGUUCCUGACACCACCAAUUUCAACAUGAAUGAUCUUGUUGAUCAGUUCAAGUCUCUUGCUGCCUAUGCCGGGUUUGAUAACAACUACAUUGAUUCUGCCGUUCAGAACAUCUGCAGCACAGAGAAGGAAAUGAAAGGGGACAUUUCAGAGUACCUGAAGGGCAUGUCCUCUGAGUUCCCUGUGGAGCAAGGUGUUGACCAGUACAGCUCACAGGACAAGUGAGUCCUGCUCCUCAUCCUGCAUCUUGCACAAAACUUGUGGAUAUGCUGGUUUUAUUAAAAUUGUUUUAAGGACAAAGAAAACCCUAAAAACACAUUCUCAACAUGGGCAGAUUGUUCGCCAGUUAGGGGGGAGGGGGGAGCAUUGUCAGCAAGAAGCAACAGUUUGACUGGAAGGAGAGAAUGGUCUUGGGUGUGCCUCCUAUUUUUACUGUUGGUAAAUGUAGACCACUACGGUUAAUCAGCUCAACAAGUAUUAUAGAUGUACUCCUACUUUCCAUAUUACUCAACAUUUUCAGUAAUGUAGAGGAGACUGGUUCCAGCACAGGCAUGUGUGGCUGUGGCUGAGGGUGGGAAUUCAUGGAGAUGUGCCUGUGUGUGGGUGUGAGAGUUGCCUUGUAAGUUUGAGUGCCAUGGAUGGGUGGCAGCCGUGACCUGCUCUCCCCAACACCUCACCCCCACCAAGAUGGCGUGGUUCCUUAGGACUCCAGUUGGCACCACGACCACCUCACUCAGGGGGAACCAGGCACAAUGGUAUGCCUGUGCUGGCACUGUAUAGAUCUCUGAGGGCACACCUUGUUACUGCCCUGCCCUGCAGCAGCAGCGACAGCAUGGACAUGCCCUCUCAGCCCAUCACUUCCCAUCACAACCUCGACAAGUAUAUUCGGUCAACGCCUCUCUUAUACAGAACCUGUGAUGUUUCCUCACUUAGCAGGGACUUAAUUAUUUAUUCACCUUCAUUCAAGCUGUCUUUCACCUCUCUUGGGGGGUAUGGUGGGGGGCUUUCUCAUCCCUCCCAUCAGGUUUAUUUUUAUUUUAUUACCAUUGGUGCAUUACUUCAUCAACAAGUUAUCAAUGAUUUCUUUUUAACCAUUCCAAACACCUGGUUUGUAGUCCUGUCAAUAAAAAUUAUAGAAUCAUCCCAAGCCUUCAUUCUAGUGUUCUGUGCCUGCAUUUUGCAGAACUUGCAUUCAUGUUCAGAUUUUCCUGAACAAGCCUCCGACUCUUGUCUUGCCUCCUGUCCUAUUACUAAGACUUUUAAUUUUAGAAAGGAAACUUUUUUAUUAUUUCUGCCCAAAGAGAAACUGUAAUUCUUUUUAAUAUCCAAAAACACCUGUGCACCCCAUGUACAUAAUUGUGUUUAGUUAAAUACAAUUAACUUCUCAGUCUAAGCUUACAUAUUACUGUAAAGGAUCUAAUUAGUCAAUAAAGUGUAGAGGAAG